CUCGCCUUAAGAGUCGACGCCCCUCACGCUGCUGUCCCUCCCCUCCAUUGUCCCUUUACUUCCUCCGAAGUCCCUUUACCACAUAUUAUUUUCAUAAUGAGCGGCUUGCGAAUUCUCGUCCCCGUUAAGCGGGUUAUUGACUAUGCGGUCAAACCCCGCGUCAACAAGGCCAACACCGGCGUCGAAACCGCCGGUGUCAAGCACUCCCUGAACCCGUUCGAUGAACUCUCCGUCGAAGAAGCCAUCCGCCUGCGCGAACGCGGCACCAAGAACCAGAGCCCCAUGAAGGUCGAAAACAUCCUCGCCCUCUCCGCUGGCGGAGCCAAGUGCGCCGAUACCCUCCGCACCGCUAUGGCCAUGGGUGCCGACCGCGCAUUCCACGUCGAUGUCGGCGACAGCCCCGAUGGUGGUCCCGAGCCCUUGACGAUCGCCAAGAUGCUGCAGGGUGUGGUCAAGUCUGAGAACAUUAACCUGGUGCUGCUGGGUAAGCAGGCAAUUGAUGGCGACCAGGGCCAGACCGGUCAGAUGCUGGCGGGUCUGUUGGGGUGGCCGCAGGCGACGCAGGCCAGCAAAGUCGAUAUCAAGGAUGCGGAUGGUACGGUGGAGGUGACGCACGAGGUGGAUGGUGGUGUUGAGACGCUGCGGGCUAAGUUGCCCAUGGUUAUCACUACGGAUUUGCGGUUGAAUGAGCCCCGCUAUGCUACGCUGCCGAACAUUAUGAAGGCUAAGAAGAAGCCUUUGGAGAAGAAGACAUUGGCGGAUUUCGGUGUUGAGGAUAAGAAGCGCUUGAAGACUCUGAAGGUUACUGAACCCCCCGCUCGCCAGGGCGGUGGCAAGGUCGAGGAUGUCGACGGCUUGAUCGGCAAGCUGAAGGAGCUGGGUGCUCUGUAGAGGUGGAGUAGGACAGAUGAUUGGUUACAACAAUAGGUAUACCAUUGUGUGUGUGUAUGUUUACGACUAGACUUGUGUCCAGUGUCAGCUGAACCGGCUGGACCUUAUUUCUCAUUUCAUUUAUCUCCCGCGGAUCAUAACCUUGCUGAUGUGGAUGUACUAUUUACUUAUGCUUAACUCUAUCCGUGGCUGGCUAUACCUGUUGCAGUGGGUCGACAGCACGAAUCACUGAUCGGGACAGGAGCAAUUGCCUGAUAGAGUAGGAGAGUAGUUCACACGAACUAUCCAGCUAGCUAGCUACAGAGUAGACAGCUGAACUCGGGAGUUCAUUCGGCACCUACUACGUAGUGACCUGACAAGCUAAAUC